AUGGCAACAGCAGUAAAAUGGGUGACAACAAACAGAAUUAUCUGGAAACCUUUAUUUCCAGUCCAAAUUGGAGCUUUAUCUAGUGUUUGUCGUAAAUCUACAUAUUCUUCUCUUCCAGAUGACUACAACUGCAAGGUAGAGCUCACUUUGACAUCUGAUGGCAGUACAACAGUGUGCUACCACCUUUCUGUGGACAUCCCAUACAAACAUACCAAAGUAUAA